AUGUUGUCUCCAGCCCUCGCCUCGUCUCUUCUCGUCGUCCUUGGCGCCGCUGGUGUCAACGCCCAGCAGCGACAGAGCCUCUGGGGGCAAUGUGGUGGCCAAUCUUGGAGCGGUCCGACUCUCUGUGUCGAGGGGGCAUACUGCUUCCAACAGAACCAGUGGUACCAUCAGUGCAUCCCGGGCAGCGGGCCUUCGACGACAUCCCCGGCCACCACCAGUGCUCCGCAGACGACACUCACUACGUCUCGCGUGACAUCGGCUCCUCCAACUAGCACGACAUCAACUCCAGGGGGAGGCAGCACAACCUGCCCGGCCAUCCCCGGUGGACUCGGAAGUCCUGUCUCCAAUGCACUGAAUGACCCCUUCACCUUCCACGGAGGCGGCAAGGUGACCAGCAAGGCCGACUGGCAGUGCCGGCAGGCCGAGAUCAGCCAGCUGCUCCAGCGAUACGAGCUCGGCACGCUCCCGCCCAAGCCGUCGUCGGUCACGGCCAGCUUCUCGGGCAGCACUCUGUCCAUCCAAGUGUCGGAGAACGGCAAGUCAAUCUCGUUCUCGGUCACCAUCAACAACCGGCCGUCGGGAAGCGGCCCGCACCCGGCCAUCAUCAACUUCGGUUCCUUUGGUGGUCUGCCUGUCCCCGCCGGCGUGGCCACCAUCUCGUUCAACAACGACGACAUCGCCCAGCAGCAAAGUCAGUCUUCGCGGGGCAGGGGCAAGUUCUACGACCUCUACGGCAGCAGCCACUCCGCCGGCGCUCUCACGGCGUGGGCAUGGGGCGUCUCGCGCAUUAUCGACGCCCUGGAGCUGACGCGGGCCCAGACCAACAUUGACCCGACCAGGAUCGGCGUCACGGGCUGCUCGCGGAACGGCAAAGGCGCCAUGGUGGCCGGUGCCCUCGAGCCUCGCAUUGCCCUGACGCUGCCCGAGGAGUCGGGCGCUGGCGGUGCGGGCUGCUGGCGCAUCGCGGCGUGGCAAAAGGCGCAGGGCCAGAACGUGCAGGACUCGACCCAGAUUGUGCAGGAGAACGUCUGGUUCUCGCCCAGCUUCAACCAGUACGUCAACAACGUCAACGCCCUGCCCUUUGACCACCACCUGCUCGCGGGCCUCAUCGCGCCGCGGCCGCUCUACGUCAUGGAGAACGUCGACAUGGAGUGGCUCGGCAAGGUAUCGACGUACGGCUGCAUGGGCAUCGCGCGCAAGCAGUGGCAAGCGCUUGGCGCGCUCGACCGGUUCGGCUACUCGCAGGUCGGCGGCAACUCGCACUGCAGCUUCCCCAGCUCGCAGCAGGGCAGCGAGCUUAACGCCUUUAUUGGCAAGUACUUGCUCAACAAUCCCAACGCCGGCAACACAAACAUCUUCCGCUCGACCCAGAACCACAACUUCAACCUCGACAGCUGGAGCCCCUGGCCGGUUCCCACUCUGUCGUGA